AUGCAUAUCUUGGCGGUCACAUUCGCACUGACAGCGUUGAGUACGUCGUUCGCUAUCGUUGUCGCCAUCUUCAUAUGUAUAGAUAUUAACCAUUUCUACGAUAACACCAUUCACGAACUCCGAGAUAUCAAGGCCCUGACGAAUGCCGCAUGGCGCAAAAUCGGACCGAAUUUUACACGAUGUCCGUAG